AUGACUGCUACAUCAGCUCUGGGAGUCAUCCUGGCCGUGGUGGCCCCACUCAUCAUUGCUGCCAACACGGUGGUGGCUGUCACUGUCCUCCGCCUCAUCCAGAAGAGUGGCUCCAAGGGGCUCUACUUCAUCCUGAACCUCGCCGUCGCCGAUGCUGCCGUGGGCUUCACGGGGAUGGGCCUGGUGAUAGAUGAGUUCUACCACAGCUUGAAUCUUCCCCAGAUCUUCUGUGUGCUGAGAAUGGCUUUUGUGACCUCCUCUUCGGCCGCCUCCAUCCUCUCCCUGGUUCUGGUGGUGUGUGACAGGCACCUGUCCAUCAGGAAGCCCUUCCACUACCUGCGGCUGGUGACGGGCACGCGGGUCGGCGUGUGCCUGCUGGGGGUCUGGCUGGUCGCCGUCUUUGUCGGCUUCCUCCCUGCCCUCAACCCAGACUUCCAGAAGCUCUCUGCCUCUGAGAAGUGCUUCUUCUUUGGGGUCUUCCACCCUGCCUACAUGCUCACCAUCUUCUGUGUCGGCUUCCUCCCACUGCUCUUCGUCUUCAUCUACCUCUACUGUGACAUACUGACGGUGGCCUCGGCGCACGUGCAGCGGAUCCUGGAGGUGCAGCAGGCCGGGCUGGCAGAGGGCUGCUCACCACCACGGUCCACCAGCGAGGUGAAGGCCAUGCGCACCGUGACCCUGCUCAUCACCUGCUUCACCCUCUCCUGGCUGCCCUUCUUCAUCAUCAGCAUCUUGCAGACCGCCUGCUCCAGCUGCUACACAUACGGCCUCGUGGAGAACUACCUCUGGCUGCCCGGCUUCUUCAGCUCCCUCCUCAACCCCCUGCUCUACUCCUACAGGCAGAAGGCUGUCAGGCUGCAGCUCUCCCAGUGGGUUGCUGAGGUGAAGAAGAGAAUCCUCCUUCGCCUGGGCAAGGGCCACCACUUCCCUGACAGAAGCACCAAAGCUCUGCCCACCGUGUCCUGCCUGCAGCUCCAGGGCUGA